CUCAUUCCUCUCCGUUUCCCCCCUUUCCUUUCUUCUUCUACUUACUUCUCCUUCAACCCCCCUCCCGCCCCUCAUCCUCCGCAGCGCCCCUUCACCAUGCUCUCCGGUAUCCUCAUUUUCAACCAAAAGGGCGAGAACCUGAUUUUCCGCGCUUUCCGCAGCGACUGCCGCCCACGCCUCGCCGACAUCUUCCGCAUCCAAGUCAUCUCCAACCCUCAAGUCCGCUCGCCCAUCCUAACCCUAGGCUCCACGACCUUCAGUCAUGUUAAACACGAAAACAUCUACCUGGUUGCCGUGACCAAGAGCAAUGCCAAUGCCGCGCUGGUCUUCGAGUUUCUAUAUCGAUUGGUCAUGCUGGGAAAGAGUUAUUUUGGGAAGCUCGAUGAGGAGGCCGUGAAGAACAACUUUGUCCUGAUCUACGAAUUGCUCGACGAAAUCCUCGAUUUCGGAUACCCUCAAAACACCGAGACCGACACCCUGAAAAUGUACAUCACCACCGAAGGCGUAAAAUCCGCCAUUGCCAACUCUGCGACCGACUCCAGCCGUAUCACCAUGCAAGCCACUGGCGCUCUCUCCUGGCGCCGUUCCGACGUCAAAUAUCGCAAGAACGAGGCCUUUGUCGACGUGAUCGAAGACGUCAACCUCCUCAUGUCCGCCACAGGCACUGUCCUUCGCGCCGAUGUCAACGGCCAAAUCGUCAUGCGAGCUUACCUCUCCGGCACUCCAGAGUGCAAAUUCGGCCUCAAUGACCGCUUGCUCCUCGAUACUGAUGCUGCUGGCUCCUCAACCCCCGGCAAUCGCGACGGUACCAUGAAGGCUACCCGCGCGGCCGCGGGCUCCGUUACACUCGAAGACUGCCAGUUCCACCAGUGCGUCAAGCUAGGCCGCUUCGACGCUGAUCGUAUUAUUUCCUUUGUGCCUCCCGAUGGCGAAUUUGAGCUCAUGCGCUACCGCGCUACCGAAAACGUCAACCUGCCCUUCAAGGUUCAUCCGAUCGUGCGUGAAGUCGGCACCACCAAGGUGGAAUACAGCGUUGCUAUCAAAGCCAACUACAGCUCGAAACUCUUCGCGACGAACGUGGUGAUUCGCAUUCCAACACCGCUAAACACGGCCAAGACGACCGAACGGACCAGUCAGGGUCGGGCCAAGUACGAGCCGGAACAUAAUAACAUUGUGUGGAAGAUCGCGCGGUUUUCCGGUGGAAGCGAAUACGUCCUGACAGCAGAAGCGACGUUGACGAGCAUGACGCACCAGAAGGCUUGGAGUCGGCCACCGCUCAGUCUGUCGUUCAGUCUUCUCAUGUUCACCAGCAGUGGAUUAUUGGUGCGGUACCUGAAGGUAUUCGAGAAGAACAACUACAGCAGUGUGAAGUGGGUGCGGUACAUGACUCGCGCGGGCAGUUAUGAAAUUCGAUUCUAGUUUGAUAUAAUAGUGCAGACAGGGUGGCCGAUGGUCCUAUUUCCCCUGUCUAUAUCUGAAUAGCUUCCAUUCCAACUUCCCGACCUUUGAGCUUGGUGUCUGGCGUUGACUAAUCGAUUGCAUGUUUUCAUGUUCAUGUUGGGUGUGUACUGUUGUACUCAUACUUACUAGGUUCUGUUCUCUUGUUUGCACAUAGGGGCUGAUUGAUGCAUGGGCAUAAUGGCAUUACUGGGUUUUGGUCAUGGACAUACUUAGAUGGCAUUGGUAGUUCGUUUCUUUAUUUGCAACUUAGCCGGAGUACUUUACUGCUUUGCUUACAUCUGCUCAACUUCAUGCUUCGUCUUG